UACGCCCGCCCGAGGGGCGGGGCCGACUCCCCGCCGCAGCCAACGGCAGGUCCCAACCUCCGCCCGCCGCGGCUUCCGCAUGUCCCCGCCCCGCUUUCCUACCGGCUCUUCGUGGCGUCCCGGUCUGUCAGCCACCGCACUGUCCUCUAUGUCUCUGUCGCCUCUUUCUCCACUUUCCGUGGCCUGUGACCGUGUCCGCAGUCUCGCUCUCCUGCCUCGGUGUCCCCAGCCUUGGGCAUUCUCCCGGACGUCGGUAUCCGGGACGUUAAGGCUUGGCCUCGCGGCCAGCUCUGCCCCGAGCGAAGGAGUCGGGACCCCACGCAGAGGUCAUGGAAGAAAUGACAUCGUGCUCCUUCAACCGUCCUCUGUUCCAGCAGGAAGACAAGAGAGGGGUCACCUACCGGAUCCCAGCCCUGCUCUAUGUCCCCCCCACCCGCACUUUCCUGGCCUUUGCAGAGAAGCGCUCCACGAGCAGGGACGAGGAUGCGCUCCACCUGGUGCUGAGGCGAGGGGUGAGGACUGGGCACUCAGUACAGUGGGAGCCCAUGAAGCCAUUAAUGGAAGCCACGUUACCCGGGCAUCGGACCAUGAACCCCUGUCCUGUGUGGGAGCGGAAGAAUGGCCUCGUGUACCUAUUCUUCAUCUGUGUGCGGGGCCACGUCACUGAGUGUCAACAGAUCGUAUCGGGCAGGAAUGCUGCCCGCCUCUGCUUCAUCUGCAGUCAGGAUUCUGGCUGUUCGUGGAGUGAGGUGAGGGACCUGACCGAGGAGGUCAUUGGCCCGGAUGUGGCGCACUGGGCCACAUUUGCUGUGGGCCCGGGGCAUGGCAUCCAGCUGCAGUCGGGGAGGCUGGUCAUCCCUGCAUACACCUACUACAUCCCUUACCGGUUCUCUUGCUUUCGGUUCCUUUACAAAGCCAGGCCUCACUCCCUGAUGAUCUACAGUGAUGACCUAGGAGCCACAUGGCACCAUGGCAAGCUUAUUAAGCCCACGGUGACAGUGGAGUGCGAAGUGGCAGAGGUGACCAGUAGGGCUGGUCAACCUGUGCUAUACUGUAGUGCCCGGACACCAAACAGGUGUCGGGCAGAGGCGCUCAGCACUGACCAUGGUGAAUGCUUUCAGAGUCCAGCCCUGAGCCAACAGCUCUGUGAGCCUCCGCAUGGCUGCCAAGGCAGCGUGGUGAGUUUCCAGCCCCUGGAGAUCCCAAGUGGGCACCAGGACCCUGCUGGCAAGGACGUUCCUACUGUUCAACAGAGCCCUCUGCUGGGCAGUUCAUGGAGGCCAGAGCGGGGAGCUGGAACCCUGUCAGAAUCAUGGCUCUUGUACUCACACCCAACCAGUAAGAAACGGAGGGUCAACCUGGGCAUCUACCUCAACCAGAGCCCCUUGGAGGCUGCCUGCUGGUCCCGCCCCUGGAUUUUGCACUGUGGGCCCUGUGGUUACUCUGAUUUGGCUGCCCUGGAGAAGGAAGGUUUGUUUGGGUGUUUGUUUGAAUGUGGGACCAAGCAGGAGUGUGAGCAGAUUGCCUUCCGCCUGUUUACAGACCGAGAGAUCCUGAGCCAUGUGUGGGGGGACUGCACCAGCCCUGACAGGAACUCUGAGCCAGCUCAAAGCUAACUGGCUUAGGACCCAACUGUUGUUAGAAGGAUUGCCCUGGGAGGCAACCACUGGCAGGACAGUGGAAGCCAGGAUAGCAGAGGUUCCCAAAGUCUACAGGGAAUCCAAAAAUGUAAUACUCUGCUCCCGACCAUUCUUCACUUCUCCUCCAAAGAGCAAAAUGAAGAUCAUGCCAUAGCUCCUGCAGUGGGAAGAGCACUGGACUGUGGGUUGAGAGACCACGAUGGAGUUCUGGCUCUGUCACUGGCUUGCUUUGGGACUUUGGACAUGUCACCUGAACUCUCUGGGCCUCAGGUCUCCAUCUGUAGAAAGAGAGGAUUGGUUCUGGGAUUUUUUUACUUCUUCCCAUUCCUAGGAGAGGCCCAGUGCCUGCAUGCUCCCUGAUCAGCAAGUCCUGGCUGCAUAUGGGACUCUGAUCUCAAAACGGAAGUCCAAGGACUCAGCUUUUCCAAUGACUUGCCACUUAUCCAAGCAUGAAGUUACACGCAGAUGUCCCGGCACAAAGGAAGGUCCAGAUGGACUGUCCUGUUUUUAAUAACAAAACACCCACACCCUUCUAAUCAUGCUCAGAGCUCUCCAGGCUCUCUAGAGAAGCUGGACAGAACAGGAGAAUCAUGAGGUCACCUAUGUUCUCCAGCUUUGCAGCUCCGCUCAAGCUUCCCUGCCUCAGCCCGCAAGCAUUCUCUCCGACAGAGAAAAUGAGAAGCUCAGUGUCCCAGUGGUCCUUGAUAAUGGUACUUCCAGACUCUGAUGGCAUGACUCCUAUGAAAGAUGAACUGGAAGUUCAUUUAUUAGGACAGUUCUUAAUGGGAAAAGGACAUUCGUUAGGACUGUAAAGCACUGGACAAAACUUCCCACGGUCUCUGCCCUCGAGGAGCUCACAGGUGGUAGGGCUGGAAGAGGAAGAAGAUAAAUGCAACUGGUGGGGCAGUUUGUCGAUGCUGGGCUCUAAGUUAGGAGUGAUGGUAGCUCCUAAUGUCAUUAUCUUAGUUGCAUCUUCUUGGUCCUGGAGGCACCUGCCCCGGGCUUGUCCACGCUGCUGGGGUUCUCAGUUUGUUUUUUCCAGGGUGCUGUCUGGGCCCAUCAGGAAGCUCUCCGGACUCCCAAACCUCUGCAUCAGGCCUGUGUGUUUGGAUCUACCGAAAUCACUGAUGGGAAAGGAGGGAAUGCUUCUCUGUCUGGGGCUGAACUUUGUCUCUCAGAUGAGAGCAGAUGGCUGCUCUUAUUUUAGGUCAUUUCCCCCCUCGCCUGUUACUGUGACAGACAUUUCUAUCAUGAGAGAUUUCUUUUUUGUCCCUGUUUUGGGUGGGUAUUGCCCUAAACAGGUGCCAGGUACAUAUAUUUGGGUGCUGGGUAAUGAUCCCGGAGAGCAGGUUUGAGUCAUGAUGCACAGCCUAGGGGGCCAGGGGUUGCAGACACACCAGUCAGAUGGCAGAAAGUCCUACGGCAUGAAAGGAGAGAUUAACUUCACCAACUCUGCAUAUGGCUUAAGCCCAGGGCUUAAUGUGGCUUUUAAAAAUCCCCCCAGGCUCCCAUACAUGUGCCAAAGUUAUCUUCCCAAUACCUGGUUAUGAUCAUUCAUUUACUCAUUUGUAUGUUUAUCUAACUGUUUCUACAGUUGGGUGCCUGUGCAUAAUGUGAGGUACUUUCUGUUGCCAUUCCCUGUUUGAAAAUCAUUGCCUGGUUGAAAAGCAAUAGCUCCACAUGGCCGGCUGAAGGGUGUUUACAUUUAGCCUGGCAUGUGGGACCUUCAGCAGGUGGGUGAAAUGGUGAGUAGUCACCUCUACUUCUUUAUGUGCAGCCGCCGUCAGAGAGGACCUCUGUAAAGUUGGCAAGUGGAGAGGGGUGGGGCUCCGGGAGUGGGCAGAGUCGAGGGUACAGGUAGGAACUAGGGAGGGGAGAGAGUUGAAAGGGAGGCCCCCUCCUCGGAGUAGUAGCAACUCCUCCGUCAGCACAGCUUUCCUGAGCAUCAUACCUCAAGUAGACAGGAAUGGGGAGAUGGCUAAGUUAUACAGCCAGAGUUCAGGGUGGAGGAGAUAACUCCUUCGGGACCAUCCAAAAAGGGAGUCAAGGAAGGGAGCUAAGUCUAAUGCCAGUGAGGACCACAGAUGUCCAGUUGUCCUAAGAUGUCUCAUCCAUCUUUCAGUUGCCCUCUUUCUUCUUCCUCUUUGCCUCAUGUUUGCUUCUCCUUGAAGACUAGCAGUGAAACUUUUUUUGUAUGUGUCCUUUUUUCUUUAGGGCCACAUCUGCGGCAUAUGGAAA